GUUUCAGCAGUGAUUCAUACGGGUCGCACUAUACCGUCACGGAUUUCACGGAUUCUGCGCGUUUGAGACCUUUCAUUCAUCUUUUUGUUAUUGUUGCGGAGGUCAAUUUUUUAUAUCGGAAGACAAUUUUAUCCAAAUUUUUGAAAAAUCUCCAAUUCUGUCACUGAAUUAGGCCUUAAGUGGAACACCAUGGCGUUAAAGAACCAAGUUGGUCAAAAAAUCAUGAAUGAAGUCAUCAAGCACAAGCCCACCAAGAAGAAUGGGCCAACUCCAGGACAGCAAGCCCAUGGGGUAGAAUGGAGGAUCCUUGUGGUUGACCAGCUUGCCAUGAGGAUGGUUUCAGCAUGCUGUAAAAUGCAUGAUAUAUCAGCAGAAGGCAUUACAUUGGUUGAAGAUAUUAUGAAGAAAAGGGAACCGCUUGGUACCAUGGAAGCUGUGUACUUGAUAACACCUUCAGAAAAGUCAGUUCAUGCUCUUAUGAAUGACUUUGAACCACCAAGACAGAUGUACAGAGGGGCACACGUGUUUUUUACAGAAGUAUGCCCGGAGGAACUGUUCAAUGAGCUGUGCAAGUCUUGUGCGGCCAGAAAAAUUAAGACUCUUAAGGAAAUCAACAUUGCGUUCUUGCCGUAUGAGUCUCAGGUGUUCUCAUUGGAUUCACCAGACACGUUCCAAUGUAGCUACGAUCCAUCAUUUUCCGCUGCUAGAAACGCCAACAUGGAAAGAAUGGCAGAACAAAUUGCGACACUCUGUGCGACUCUAGGGGAAUACCCACACGUCAGAUAUAGAACUGAUUGGGAAAGAAAUGUUGAGCUGGCUCAACUAAUUCAGCAGAAAUUGGACGCCUAUAAAGCCGACGAACCUACCAUGGGAGAGGGGCCGGAAAAGGCGAGAUCACAAUUAAUUAUUCUCGACCGAGGUUUCGACUGUGUAUCUCCCCUUCUUCACGAACUUACUUUCCAAGCAAUGGCCUAUGACUUACUACCCAUAGAAAAUGAUGUAUAUAAGUACGAAGCAUCGGCUGGUGUUAUGAAGGAAGUCCUUCUGGACGAAAACGACGAGCUUUGGGUCGAUCUACGCCACCAACACAUCGCGGUGGUGUCUCAGAGCGUCACCAAGAAUCUGAAGAAAUUCACUGACUCCAAACGCAUGACCCAGAGCGACAAGCAGUCGAUGAAGGAUCUCUCAACCAUGAUCAAAAAGAUGCCGCAAUAUCAGAAGGAAUUGUCCAAGUAUGCUACGCAUCUUCAUCUCGCUGAAGACUGCAUGAAGGCCUAUCAGGGGUAUAUAGACAAGUUGUGUAAAGUUGAGCAGGAUUUGGCAAUGGGAACUGAUGCCGAAGGCGAGAAAAUCAAGGAUCACAUGCGCAACAUCGUCCCCAUCUUGCUAGAUCCCAAAAUCACCAAUGAAUACGAUAAGAUGCGUAUUAUAGCAUUGUACGCCAUGACGAAAAACGGCAUCACAGAUGAAAAUCUCUCCAAAUUGGCUACCCAUGCCCAAAUCAAAGACAAACAGACCAUCGCCAACCUUCAGUUACUUGGAGUCAACGUUAUUAAUGAUGGAGGACCAAGAAAAAAACAAUAUACAGUACCGCGCAAAGAAAGAAUUACAGAACAAACGUAUCAAAUGUCAAGAUGGACACCUAUCAUUAAGGAUAUAAUGGAGGAUUGCAUAGACGACAAACUGGAUCAGAAACACUACCCAUAUUUGAGCGGACGAGCACAGUCUACAGGAUACCAUGCAGCGCCCUCUAGUGCCCGUUAUGGCCAGUGGCACAAAGACAGAGGUCAACAAGCCGUGAAGAACGUUCCUCGACUGCUUGUCUUCGUCGUGGGUGGAAUCAGUUUCUCAGAGAUCAGGUGCGCCUACGAAGUGACCAACGCGCAGAAGAACUGGGAAGUCAUCAUCGGCUCGUCGCACAUACUCACUCCCGAGGACUUCCUAAGCAAUCUGGCAACGUUGGCCGGCUAGAAUCAGAUGAAAAAGGUUACUUUUAAUGUACCCGAGUAAACAGUUUCGCUGUCGUAGUUUAAAAUAAUGUAAUGAGUCUUUUUAAUCCCAAUUUAAACAUAUUUAUAUAGAAUGACUUUCGAUCAGUAUCGAACCGUUUUCUUUGUUACGAGAGUUAAAGCUGUUCAAAUUAUCUUGAAAUUUGUGCAGAAUUGUCAUACAUUAAAUUGUUGCGCUUCUGAAAUUGUGCAAUAAAAGAAAAUGUCUAAGGUGCUCAAAACUCAAAGCCUUCGAUGAGUUUAUGAUUAUAAAUUGAGAAUAAAAAGACUCAUUGAGCUUAAAAAGUAUUAUUUCCUACCCUUUUUUUGUAUUUUUCCAAUAGCAGAGUUUUUUAUUCAAUUUUUGCGGUUAUUGGGAUAUUAUCGCUUUAUUUACAAAAUUGUGUAAAAGGUAUAAAAAUGACGUUUUUGAGGAGUCUUCCUGUAAAAUUAAUUUCAAUAGCCAGAGAUUUACCAAAAAAAAUUUUUUUUUGUUUAGAUUUUAGUUUCUUAACAUAUUAUAAAAUACAUGUUUUUUUUUUGUUUUAUUUACUGUUAAAGCUUCUAUAUUGUCUUCUUGAACUGCUGUGGCGACCCCAUCAUUGAAAACACUUCCAAGAACAAGAACACACUUGGCUUUUUGUUGUAACUAUCUUUUUUGGGAAGAUAUCUUUGAGGAAACAGCUUUGUAAUUUUGGGUCGCAUUAUUUUUUCGUUUUUCAUUCUACCCAUUUUUUGGUUGAUUGUUGGCCACACUGUUCUAUGUUUUCGGCAUGAAGGCAUACAAACAAAAAAUGUUUCAGGUGUAACUUUCUCUGGUUUUUGAAAACGUAUAUAAGUUUUCUUUCAAUAGUAUGAACUAUCAAUCAUAAAUAUACAUAUUUUUUGCUAUCAGAACAUACCAAAUGGAGUAGUUCUGUAUUUAUUUCAAACAGAGUACAUUUAGUUUAUUUGUACAGUUAUAUGUUUCCAUUUCUAGUAAUCUGCUGUUAUCUGUGGCUGGAUUUUAGUGUAUGUCAACUCCAGUUUUAUAACCUAGCCCAAAAUAACUAACCAAACCUCACCUAAUGCAACCUAACCUCACAUAACCUCAACUAAUAUAACAAAAUCUCUCGCAGACUAACAUAAUAAUGCAUUGGUGUGGUAUGAACGAUGCAAUAUUUGUUUUAAUUAAAGAAAUUCUUCAAAAAUUAUGUAUAUUUAUGCAAAAAUCUUCAUUUUUUCUUGUUUACACUGCUAUUGAUAUUGUAUUCGUUGACUAGUCUGCGUCCAGUUGCACAAACGACACCCCUAAAGCUACUUAACAGUAAGACGAUGCUUUUAAAUGCUUUUUGUGUGACUGGUACAUAUAUUAUAAAUUAAGCUUAGCGAGUAAUUAAGAAUCUUAUCUUUAAAUAUCCAGUUGUACAUCUUACAUAGUGUACCUCUUAGAAUAGGAAAAUGUAUUUUUCAACUGUACCUAACCAAACGCGUAUAGCAAAAGGUGUAGAACGUGACAAAGAAUAGCAUAAAGAAGGACCUGAGCUUGUUUUAGUUAUUCUUCCUUCAAAAUUAGAUAAUCCUUAAAUUAAACUAGAUAUGUGUGCUAAAAAAUCAUCUAUGGCGGCACAGCCACUAGAAAAGAAGCUGAGGAAGGUCUCAGAUCACCGUGAUCAAUUAUUUAAGCAGAAUAAUGGAAAACUGGUCGUGAGCCAUCUAAAUCUUCUCUAUGCUAUAGUUUAAACGUACUACACCUAUUUUCAAAUCACAGCUUUGUAUUCAUGCUAGCUAACUUUGUAUCAUAUCCUCAGUAGUUUAUCGUGACCUAUUUUUUAUAUAUCUACUAAAAGACACCGAUAGUUUUUCCAAAAAAAAAAACUUCUAUUUGAUAGAAAAAUAAAAAUUUAUCGUUUACAAAUUAUGGUAAAAUUAUUUAGUUGUUAUUAUUCAGCAUUUACAACGGUACAACGCUUUCUUUCAGUGCAGAACGAGUAUCAAAAUCAUAAUACGAGCAAAACUUAACGGAGCCCCAACAUAUACCAACCUUGAAUAACACAAAAUACAACAAUUUCUUAGAUCUGGGGAAAAUCGUCGAAGAUUUGACAAUUUCGGCCAAUCAGAGCGCCAUAUUGUAGUCACGUGACCUAAAAUUUUCCUAGAUUCCAGUAAACUGGACUAUUACAGGAGCGAUAAAGCAUUAAUAGCGUUAUUUGUGUUGGCUAUCCCGAAGUUUGAUUUUUUAUAGUAGUCACGAUGUUUUUGGUCGAUGAAAGACUUUAGACAAUGAUUUUAUAUUCCCUACUACUCGUUUUGCCACUGAAUGAAGCAUUUUCCACAUUCCUGUUCGUUUUCUAGGAAUAUAAGUGUAAAAUUGACUGACAAAUUACAUGUUUUCGUUACUAUCAUCGAUACAUCAUUUUCGUAGAGGGCUGGAUCAUGCGUGGGUGAUUAAAAUACAGUUGUUGUACGUUUCUUUUCGUCACCCUAGUCAAUAAAGUCCUUAUUUAUGUGCUAUUGUUUCUAUUAUCGUUGGUUUACAGCGGUGUGUACAUGACAAGGGCGAUUUAAACGGAUCUGCGGGUAAAUACCAUAGACAUAUUAUCGAUAGACCAAGCUAGGAAUAUGCCACUCAAUGCAUCGGGGUGUAACGCCAAUAUCAAGUACGGUGGUCUAGCUAUCUUUGUCUGUUGUGCGAGUGUGAGGGUAUCUACCAAGAGGUGGGAGUAAUGGAACGACACAGACACAGAGGCAGCGGCCAUCAUAUGCUAGAGAGAGAAAGCUAAGCGCCGGUAGAGAGAGAUAGAUAUACCACCGACCCGAACUGCUCCACGUUAUGCUAUUUUUCGGACCUUGCCAAAUCUAUGUGUUAUUAUAUCUAUGGUAAAUACCGAUAAGAACGACUAUACAAACAUGAAUUUUUGUUCAUUUGUAACAUAUAAUUAUACACUUAAGUAAUACCACAAAAUAUGGCUUUGCUACUUAAAGGAACAAUACAUGGGACAUAAUAUAUUUUGUUUAAAGUAAUAAAAAAACCCUUUUUCAAUUGUCUGUGCACGCCACUGUCGAUUGUAUAUAAUCUUUAACGCCGUUGCACUGUAAUAUCUGAAAGUAAGGUUAUGGCUGUUAUAAAAUAGAAAUAUAUUAUCUAAAUGUAUGUUAUUUCUUCUAGUUAUCUUUCUUUUAAGUAUAUCAUGUCAAUUGAGAAUGUUAAAUAAAUAUUAGUGAAUAUUA